AUGGUUGCACUUCGUCACAGUCUCUUCACGGUUGCACUUCGUCACAGUCUCUUCACGGUUGCACUUCGUCACAGUCUCUCUCCCCCCUACUCCCUACUCCCUCGCCCUCGUCACCCCCAUUCCUCCCCGUCCCCUUCCACGCAGCUGCACAAGUGGUCGUUGGUGGCAGCGCUGGUGACAGAUGAGCUGCACAAGCGGUCGUUGGUGGCAGCGCUGGUGACAGAUGAGCUGCACAAGCGGUCACUAGUGGCAGCGCUGGUGACGGACGAGGUUGUAACGGCGUGUACCAACGCACCACGGGGCAAUGAGCAGUAUGCGGCCGUGUUUGCUGCGUUCAUCGCAGCAACGGCAUCAACGGUUGGGAUCGACUUCGCUGCCAACUUUGCCGCCACCCUUGCCAUUCGUUUUGAGGCGCUGUACGAAGCAGAUGAAGCACUGGGUCUGCGAAAUCUCACCAUGCUGCUCGCCUACCUAUAUGUCUUCAAGCUGCUUGCUCCCCAACGCUUCCUUCUUUUUAGAACUCUUUGUCGUCCGUUUCUCCCUUCGCUCUUCUCGUCUUUACCGCUCUGUGUUGCCGUGCUCAUCUUUGCAGGGAGCAUGUGGCUUGCAGGUGGCAUACCCUCCCACAACUCCUCAGGCUCCACCGGGUGGAGAAAUGGGGUGGAGUCCACCCCAUUUCUCCACCCAACUCCCCCCUCCUCACUGCAGCGUGCGGCCUUGCUAUCGUGCGGCCUUGCUCUGAGAGCCGAUGACCCUGUAGCAAUGAAGGAGUUCAUCCUUGCCGUGCAGAGCAAGGCAGCUGACAUACGGAGGCAGGCGCAGGAGGCACAGAGUGAGGGUGCUGCUGGUGCAAAGGCAGCGCCAGUGCUGAGCAAGCGGAGCAAGGCAGCUGACAUACGGAGGCAGGCGCAGGAGGCACAGAGUGAGGGUGCUGCUGGUGCAAAGGCAGCGCCAGUGCUGAGCAAGCGGAGCAAGGCAGCUGACAUACGGAGGCAGGCGCAGGAGGCACAGAGUGAGGGUGCUGCUGGUGCAAAGGCAGCGCCAGUGCUGAGCAAGCGGGUGGAGUUCGUGCUCGAGACCAUCACAGACAUCAAGAACAACCUAGCGCCCCAUGCCGUUGGUUGUGCUGCCCCUAUUUGUCAACCCUUACAUGUCCGCGCCAUCCCACCCCUCACAACCACUACCUCCCACCUCCCAUCACAGGUGGAGUUCAUGCUCGAGACCAUCACGGACAUCAAGAACAACCGAGCGCUGCGCAACGCCGGUCGCAGGGGAGGAGGGGGAGGAGGGGAGACCAUGCCUGUAGCAGAGGGGGCAAGUGGGGGAGGCAACCUCUCAUGCCAACCCUUUCUUCUCCUCACAGCCCCCAACAUCACAGGUGGAGUUCAUGCUCGAAACAAUCACGGACAUCAAGAACAACCGGGCGCCCCGUGCCACCCCUUGCACUGCCUGUUGCUGUCACUUCAACUCACCCCCUCUCUCCCCUCACCCCUCAUCCAUCCCCCAUCGCAGGUGGAGUUCAUGCUCAGGACCAUCACGGACAUCAAGAACAACCGAGCGCCGCGCAACUCUCUUCCACUGUAUAUUAUUGUGGAGUUCAUGCUCGAGACAAUCACGGACAUUAAGAACAACCGAGCGCCUCGCAACGCCGGCCGCAGGGGGGGCAGUGGGACCAUGGGAGGAACAGGGGGAGCAGGGGGGACAGUGAUGGGGGGAGGGGGCACGGCCGUAGGGGGAGGGGGAGGGGCUGCGGGGAAGGGGAAGGGGAAGGGGGCGGUGAGCGUGUUUACAAAGGGAGGGGGAGGAGCAGAGGCGAGUGACGGCAGCACUGCCGUUUCUCGUUUGCAAAAGUGGCUGCUCAAGUUUGAUAUGGGUGGUGAGCGUGUUUCAAAAGAGAGGUGGGGGAGCAUAGGCGAGUGUGGGCAGCACGGCUGUUUCCCGCUUGCAGAAAUGGCUGCUCGAGCGCGGAGGGAAAGUAGGGGGGAAGGGAAGGCGAGUGACCGCAGCACAGCCAUCUCCUGCCUGCAGAAGUGGCUGCUCAAGCGUCCAGUCGAAACUGUUCAGCUACGAUCGCUGACGUGGCAGCGCCUGAUUGACCCGCACAAGCACGGCCAAUGGUGGCACACCUCCUCCUCCUCCCAACCCCUCGGCUCCCUACCUGCCACGUCAGCAGCACUGGGGGGCAGCAGCGUCAGCGCCAGCCUGGCGGUCCAGCUGGCGGGGAACGCGCUGCUGGACGCUGCUGACGUGGCGGAAGCUGAGAGGCUGAUGCAGCUGGCGGCGGCGCAGAGGAUGAACACGGACGCCAGGCGGGCGGUGUUCUGUGUGAUUAUGAGCGCAGAGGACUAUAUUGAUGCCUUUGAGAAACUGCUGAGGUUGGGUCUACCUGGCAAGCAGGUGUGUUCUCUUGCUUGUGAUGCUCCUCCUGACCGGGAAAUCUUGCGAGUACUGGUGGAGUGCUGUAUGCAGGAGCGCCAUUUCAACAAGUAUUAUUCCCUUCUAGCGGGGCGGCUGUGUGGGCACGCUCGGAGUCACAAGUUCAGUCUGCAGUACUGCCUGUGGGACCACUACCAACAGCUCCCUGACAUGGACCCCCGCCGCUCCCUCCACCUCGCUCAGUUCGCCGCCCAGAUCGUGGGCAACCACGCGCUGUCCCUCGCGCUGCUCAAGGUACCCCUUGCACUUCCGCCUCUUCUUCCCUCUUCUUUCAUACCCUUUCCUCCAUUUCCCCCUCCUUCCUCCUUUCCUCCCUCUUCCUCUCCCACCGUUUCCUCCCUUUCUGUCCCCAUUCCUCCCCCCUUCGCCCGCUUCUUUCUUACCCUUUCCUCCCAUUCCGCCCACGCCACCCUCCCACCCCACUCCUCCCCUCAGCCGGUGGAUUUCGCGGACCCAGCAGCAAUGCACGCGCGCAUAGCAACCCACUUCCGCCUCUUCUUCCUCUUCCUCCUCUCCUCCUUCCCCCCCGCCACCCUCUGGUCCCUCUUCUCCCGCAUCGCCGCCCCAACCACCCUCGGCCCGCUACGAGACGGAAUCCUCCUCUUCUUCGCCGCCCAUCUCUCGCCACACGCGCCGUCCACGCGCCAAUUGCUACAGUACAUCAGGAGCGGGGGGGGGAGUGAGGGUGGGGGGUCAGCUGCUGGUGUGGGGAAGGGAGGGAAGGAGGAGGAGGUUCUAGAAGAGAGGUUGAGAUUGGCCAAGAAAGCGAUUGCCAACAUUGCUGGGACGCCUUACAAGUGCCUUGCGUACCCCAACAUCACAGCCACGCGUCUCCCCACUCUGUUCCGCACCCUGUUCAAUGCAGACAACGCUGACGCUGCUGCGCCUGAACCUGAUCCCGGCCCGUCAUGCAGCUCUCGCCCUAUGACGGGUCUGGAGUUUCUGAAAGGCGUGGAGCUAGCGGGGGUGGUGGAGGUGGCGGUGGAGGCGGCGGAGGGAGUGGGGGUGGCGGUGGGAGUGGUGGCGGAGGUGGUGGUGGUGGUGGCGGCAGUGGAGGCGGAGGCGGAGGCGGCGGUAGCGGUGGGAGCGGAGGUGGCGGUGGUGGCGGCGGUGGAGGCGGCGGUGGAGGCGGCGGUGGCGGAGGAGGUGGAGCUGGUCGGGGUGGUGCCUCGCAGCGGAGCGGCUCUGGUGGUGGCGUAG